AUGCUCACGAAGAAGUUUUGGAGCAUAUGGAGGAACGAAUACCACAUGGUAUUACGUGAUCGUCACAAUGUAGUCGGAUCAAAAUCAAGAUCUUCAGAACAACAACUUCACAUCGGCGACGUAGUGAUUCUUGAUGACUUCUCCCAACUGCCGAGGGACAGUGGUCAAUGGCAGUGAUAACUGAUCUAGUUAAAAGCAGAGACGGAGAAAUUCGAAACGUCAUGCUCCAAACAUCAAAAGGAAGAGUCUUUCAGCGAACAAUCAAUCGACUUAUUCCUUUAGAAAUACACUCUUCCAUUCAUUCUACACAAGACCGAAAUAACGAAUUUUCAGCAGCAAGAACAAGAGCCACUACUUCGAGAAAAACAUCCUCGCUAUCAAGGAAAACAACUGGCGUUCCUAUAAGACAUCAGCCACCAAGAUCUGCGAAGAACCAAGUUUCUUAUAAAGCCAGUUCAAGCUCUAUCGGAUCAAUCAAAUCGGCAUCAUACACACUCUUCAUGGGCGUCAUAUGCAUACUCACGCUAGCCGGUUCAGCUUCUUCAACCACAGUAUCAUGCUGGAGUAAAGAUGCAAGAUUAAAUACAGCGCUGUCCUCCAGAGCUGAAGUGUACGUAAACUACAAAGAAUGCGUAACGAUUCUUGCUGAAGCCAAUAUAACGGAAGUAGCAUUACCAUUCAAGCAUCUCGUGAAUCAACAUACUAUUUAA